AAAUAUCGCGCUUCAUCUGCACAGAGAGACCAAAAAUCAAAACCUGACCACUGUUGUUGUAGAUCAGCUCUGAUCAGCGUUCACAUAGAGCAGCCCUGAGGAGAGUUAGUUACAGGUUUAGUGUUCAGUUUCCAGAGAACAAUGCCAGAGGGUCCUGACCUCCACUUGGCCGGCCUGUUUGUGAACAGAGUAUGUACAGAUGUGGUCUUCACUGGAGCUGUGAUCAAGUCUGAAGUCAGUAAAGGACCCCAGAUUCCCUUUGCCUGCGAUGCCUACCUGAUCAGCGCCGUGUCCAGAGGGAAGGAAGUUCGUCUCACACUCACGCCCAUAAAGAGUGACACAAAAAGCAAAAAGAAGGCAAAGGAAGAGCAGUCGCCCAUGGAUGUGGUCUUUCGUUUUGGGAUGUCUGGUUAUUUUCGUUUCACAACUGUAGAGGACCUCCCAAAGCACGCCCACGUUCAGUUCUACACCAGAGAUGAACCGCAGAGGGUGCUGAGUUACGUAGAUGCUCGCAGAUUUGGCAGCUGGCAGCCUAAUGGGACCUGGCAACGAGAUCGAGGACCUUGUGUCCUGUUUGAGUAUGAGAGCUUCAGGCAGAAUGUUUUGUCCAACCUGUCAGACAAGGCUUUUGACCGGCCCAUCUGUGAGGCGAUGCUAAAUCAGAAGUACUUCAACGGGAUUGGUAACUACCUACGAGCAGAAAUUCUGUACAGAUUAAACAUCCCUCCCUUCAUGAAGGCAAGGACUGUGUUGGAGGGACUUUUGCCUGAAGAUGAAGACACAAAGGAGGUUAAAGAGGCUGCUGGGGAGAAUUGUGAUACAGCUGGGAAGAGGAAAUUGAAAACUGAGAGUCCUGAUAUUCUCUCACUCUGUCACACGGUACCACUGGAGGUGGUUGAACUUGCUGGAAAAGGAUAUGCCCCAGAGAAGGCAGAUUACCGGGCAAUUGAAAACUGGUUUCAGUGUUACUUUGUGGAAGGGAUGAACAGUCUAAGUGACCACAAUGGAAGAACUAUAUGGUUUAAGGGUGAUGCUGGACCAAUGGCACCUAAAGGUUCAAAAGCUUCCAAAACAAAAGGGAAAAUACAGAAACGUGAACAUGAGUAUACCAGUGCAAAGGGUGCAAAAAGGAAACAGACUGCUAGUGUUUCAAAGGAGAAGCCUACAAAGAAGGCAGCAGGUACUGUGAAAAUGGAAGUUGAUGAACCUAAAAGACGGAGCAGCACCAGGAGACAGAAUGGGAACAAGAAGAGAGCUGAUACAGAAUCUGAUCAGAACAAAAAACCUCAAACACUCAGAAAGAGCAGUUCACCAGGGCCUCAGGCUAGCAGGACUAGGAGCACAAGAAGGCAGAGUGGACAUGAAAGCAACACUAAAGGGAGAAGCACCGCUACAUCUCGGAGGAAGAAAAGAACAGCAGUUUAGAAAAAAAUUGGUAUGUGAUCAUUGAUAUUUUAGGUCUAAAGAACCUUUUGGAACUUGAUGUGAAAGUUCUUUGCCAAUGUAAAGGUUCUUCACUAAAUAAAACGUGGUUUUUCUAUAUCGUUGUACAGAGAUCCCUUUGAAGCACCUUUAUUUUCAGGAGUGCAUGUAAAACUGCAUUUCCCCCAAAGGGUAAACUAUAAAGUUAGAUUUUUGUUUUUGUUAUAUGAACUAAAGAUUUGUAGGAUCACUGUUAAGGGUUUUGUAUUUUUAUACUUUAAUCUGUCUAUUUUAUUAAGCCUUACCUUAUAAUUAGUUUUUUUUUUGUGAUUUAUGCAACAUGUAGACAAGCUAAAACUGAAUUUAUUUGGAAGAUAAUUAAAAACAAUUUCAGAAAAUCCAAAAAAAUACAUAUAAACAUACAUAUUUGAACUGAAAAAAUGUAUAAAAAGGACAUAUAUCUGAACUACUGUGUGAAGCUGUUAUUGCAGUACUGUAUUUUUAUACUGUAUUCUGACUAUUUUUUUAAUGAUUGUGAUUAAAAAGCCUGUUUUAAUUCAUAAA